AGAGCAAAUCAUGUACUCUAUUGAUUGCCCUUGUUUAGCAACGCAUCUCGAAAAUCUCGAAAGUGUAACAAAAUGUAUCCGAAAUUGCAACGCAAUGAUGAGGCAUUCGGAAUUUCGUUUCAAUCUCCCAACAAUGUGCUUGAAUGUGGGCGACAUGAUUGCGCCUAUACGUAAACAAGGUCAUUCCGACACCUCUGGAGGUCAGCCUGAACCCAGGCUUGUUCCUUGCGUUUCAGUUAAGUGUUUCCACCACAUGGAUGAAAACUUUAACUUGAGCCCCAUUUUAACCCCUUCAAAAUUUCGUUCUUAAAAAUGUGGUCGGACAACUUACUCAAACCCGUUUUAUGAAGCGUGCUGGACGAGAGCAAUUGCUUGACAAGGAGUCUUAUUAGGGGUUUCUACUCUGAAUUUGGACGAGCCGUCAACGAUUCAAAUUUGCACCAUAGUUGUCCUAAGUAGCUUGACUACGAAUGAAACAUUUUUUCCACCAGCGACAGCUGAGACGAAAACAUGCGAUCGCAGCGCCCUUGAUCGAUCUAUAUAUGAAGUUAUCUUUGCUACAAGGACAACAAAAAAGUCAACACCGCAUGGCCUCGAACCUCAUUUCAUUGAACCUUCAGUCCGGCUUGGAGUGAGUUUUGGGUCCAUUCCUCCAUUCUUCUGGAUCCCGUUCCCCGGGAACCGUGGGAACCGUGGGAACCGUGGGAACCCCGUCAACCCCGUCGCUUUGGUCUGGGCCAGAUCCCUAGGAUUCAUGUCCAUACAUACCAUCGGGGUGGGAACAUGUCCUUGUCCAUACUUUUUCGGGCCCACGGGCCGACCCGGGCCGCCACCUGCCUGAUGGCCCAACGGUCCACUCGAUCUGUGUCAACUACGGGCUCCUGGGCCGCCGUCGCUCUCGCCUGUCCGGGGCCGCUUCAUUGCGGUUGGACCGGCUCACCUCUAUCCGGCUCUAGCCGUGGCUGGUUAUCACGGUCCCAUCCCGCCUACCAGAGCCUGGUCCUUCGGGGUUGGGCCGAUGAUACCCGUGGCCAGUCCCAAGGACCGUCGACCAGGCCGAGCCCGAGCUUGGCCGAUCAAGUCAUGGCCGCUCGCUCAGUGGCGCCACCCAAGUCAGACCAGUCUGAGUCGAGCCCACCGCCCUCGGGAUCGAACGGGGAUGGGCCCAAACCGUUAAGCCCGUGGCAAAAGCGGGGUUACAUUUUUCUCACCGUCGUAUUGGCCGGUUACGCCGUGGGCUUUAUCGUUUACUUCGCUACGCCCGAAAAAGACGAGGACGGCAACGUCAUCCAAGAUGAAUUCUCCUCCUUAUCCUUUCCCAGUCAACAUUAUCAAAGGCUCAAGAGCCGCUUUUUCCAGACCAAGAAGGACCUGGAAGAGCCUUUCAGUGAUAAACUCUUGCCCGAACCUUUACCUGAACCGUAUCAUCAGCCCAAAUAUACCGUGCUUAUUGAGUUGACGGGCCUCAUGGUUCACUCCAAUUGGACGCACAAGCACGGGUGGCGCUUUCAGAAACGUCCCGGUGUGGAUAUGUUCUUAUCCCAAAUUGGAUAUCCUCAGUUCGAAUUGGUCGUGUACACCACCGAGAAUGCUGUCACGUUUUACCCGAUUGUCGAUGGCCUGGACCCUAACAACCAAUUCAUCAUGUAUCGGCUCUUCCGUGAUGCCACUCGAUACCUGAACGGCCAUCACACGAAGGACUUGAAAGCCUUGAAUCGCGAUCUGAAACGCGUCAUCCUAAUCGAUUGGGAUAAAGAUUCGGUGGCUCUCAGCCGGGAUAACACGCUGCUCUUGCCCAAGUGGGAGGGCGACAACUCGGACCGAUCGCUCAUUGGAUUGGCUCAACUCUUGCAGGCUAUCAAAAGUUCCGAUGUGGAUGAUGUCCGAGAAGUGCUAGAGUACUAUCGACAAUUUGAAGACCCGAUUGAGGCAUUUCGGGAAAAUCAAAGAAAACUGCAGAGUGAAAUGCAAGCCGAAGAAGAGCGAAAGAAAGCGAGUGAAAACAAAAGACGAUCAUCUUUCCUAUCAUUAUCAGGAUUCGGCCGUUCUCGGACGUGAUAUUUUUUACAUCUACAGAUUCCGAACACUUGAAAUAAGCUCAUGAUUUGUCUGCAA